CCCCGCAUGUGGAGCACACGCUCAGUGCACACAGCCCUCCCAGAACUGCCCAGGCCCCAGCAGCACACACUGCAGAGGGUGCUCUUCUCGUUGUAACCCAUGCAGGUGGCAUCCGUGUUGUUUAAGGCACAGCAACCCUACAUACCUGUACUCACCACACACAAUCACAUAUUUCUGAGCCCCCGCCCUCCAAGCCACACUAUCUACUCUACUCACAACCCAAGAUUCACUCAGCCCUGCUCCUCUCCUGGGCUGAUUUCAGAUGCCAUCAUCACAGAAGGCGGGGAGAAUUUCAGCCAGGGCCAGAGGCAGCUGUUCUGCUUGGCGCGGGCCUUUGUGAGGAAGACCAGCAUCUUCAUCAUGGAUGAGGCCACGGCUUCCAUCGACAUGGCCACGGAAAACAUCCUCCAGAAGGUGGUGAUGACGGCCUUCGCAGACCGUACCGUGGUCACCAUUGCGCUGCAGGAAGGAUGCCAUCGGCUGCCCCGGCCUUCCCCCACCACCCUGACCAGCCCCCUCCUGCUCCAUUCAGCACCGUGUGCACACCAUCCUGAGUGCAGACCUGGUGAUCGUCCUGAAGCGUGGCGCCAUCCUCGAGUUCGACACGCCGGAGAAGCUGCUCAGCCGGAAGGACAGCGUCUUCGCCUCCUUCGUCCGUGCAGACAAGUGACCUCCCGGAGCCCAAGUGCCAUCCCAUGCCCCAUCCUGGCCCCACCUCCCACCUGGGUUUUCUAACUGUAAAUCACUUGUAAAUAAAGAGAUUGAUUAUUUC